AAGAAAGAGGCGAUAACCGGUGUCUUCUUUUACGGUGCUUAGUCUCUCUCUCUCUCCCUCUCCAUUUCUCACUUAUCUUAUCCGCACAUGGGUCACGGAAACUCGUCUGGUUUUGAGCCAUUAACUAAUCAUAAAACUUAAAAGCUUCAAAUUGCAGCAGCAGCAGAAACAUACGUAGAGAAGAUAAAAGAAGGAAAUCAUUGAAAUCUGUAAUGCCGCAGAUUUUAUCUUAUCAUUGUCAUCCAUUACAGUCACCUUCCUUAGCUAAUCACCUCCAUGUUCAAUGGCCCACAACCCCUUUCUUCCAGAGGUGUCUCAUAACCAAUUUAAGACCUAUCCCAUCUCUUCACUUGUCUUGUCCCAAUAGGAAUCCUUCAAUAAGGUGUAUGGCAAAUCCCAGAAGAGUCAAGAUGGUAGCAAAACAGAUAAGGAGAGAGCUUUCUGAGAUGCUUCUUACUGACAAGGUUAUCCAGUAUGCUGUCCUCCCAGAGGCUGCUCUUGGUGCAGAUCGAUUUCUCUCUUCUCUAACCACAAUCAGUGAUGUAGAAGUCUCUGCUGAUUUACAGGUGGUGAAAGUCUAUGUUUCAGUAUUUGGUGAUGAAAGAGGUAAAGAGGUGGCUAUUUCUGGUUUACGGUCAAAGGCAAAGUAUGUAAGAAGUGAGCUUGGGAAACGUAUGAAACUGAGAUUAACUCCUGAGAUACGUUUCAUAGAAGAUGAUUCUAUAGAGCGAGGAAACAGGGUAAUUGCUAUACUAGAUAAGCUAAAAAAUGAGAAGUCUGGUAGUUUAAUCGAUGAUGACCAGAAUGAGUUAUCGAAUUUCCCGGAUGAAGACCCAGAUUGGGAGGGCGAUGAUCAUGAUAAUGAUGGCAUCAUAUAUGUGAAGUAGUUGAUGAGACCCUGUUCUUCCAGAUACCAUUCAAGAUGACAGUCGAGAGAAGAAUUUGUUUUGUUUAGGACAACUUUACAUGCCUCCAUCAUCUUGUUGAUGAAACGUUUUUCAUGGCCCUUUCAUCUUACAUGUCUCCAUCAAUUCGUCCUAACCUUUUUGGAUGAUACUAGAGCUAACGAUAUCAUCAUAAUAAACCAAAUUCCAUUCAUUCUCAAGGUUUCCUUAAUGUACAUCCACGCCUUAUUCUCAUGCAGAUCAUUGCUUGGGAUGUUGGACCAAUUUUGGAGAUGUUUCUUCUUGAAAGAACUGAAUUUAGUGGGUUCAAGAUUGGGCAAGAUAUAUUUCCUUUACU